ACUUUCACCCCUACUUCCAAUCCAACUCCUCAUUUCCUCUUUCUAAACCUCAUUUUCUUUUUCCUUAGAGAGAGAAACUCCCUGGUUUACUUUUUAACUAGGGUUGAGUUACCUUAAUGUCCUUAAACCCCCUCUCUUCACUAUUUGGCGGUCCACUGAACUAUAACUGAGCUACAAGAGAACCAGAUAACGCGUUCAGAGAAGAAUACAGGAGAGAGAAUCAUUGUUUCAUUCUUUCCAUAUUCUUCAAUUUAUUUUUCUUACCGAAGUUCUUUACUUUGAGAUUUUGUCGUUUCCAGAUCUUUUUCUUAUCAUAAGAUAAUCGAAGUAUAAAGAAAGAAAUCUACUUAGUUCGAUGGAUCUCCCAAUGUAGUGUUGCUGAAACUUUGCUAUCUUUCGUAUUGUGCACUAGUCAUUGGUGGUUGUUGCUUAAAAGGAGGUGAUUUGGGGGUUUUAUUGGUCUUUAAUUGAUGAUCGUUUCGUUGUUCGGUUUCCUGAGUUGUUUCCUGUUUGCGGCCGAUUGAGCUUGGUGCUAGCUUGAGAGAGGUGAACGGGCUCUCUUUUGCGGCGGCCUCCUCGUUUGUGAGCUGUGAGCCUGUGAGAGAUUAGGCCAAAAUGUCUAAGUUAGAUAGCCCUGUUCAGACCCAAGCCCCUGUUGGGGUUUUUAGGAAUCCGUUUUCGGGAGAUUUCCAUGGGAAACAGCCGACCACUGGGAGGAGACGUGUGUUUGUGCAGACUGAUACUGGCUGUGUGUUGGGAAUGGAGCUAGAUCGAAGUGAUAACGUUCACACUGUGAAGAGAAGGCUGCAGAUUGCUCUUAAUGUUCCCACGGAUGAGAGCUCCUUGACCUAUGGGGAUAUGGUGUUGAAGAAUGACCUUGAUGCCAUUCGGCAUGACUCACCACUCCUUUUGACAAGGAGCAAUAUGCAUCGGAGUUCAUCCACCCCGUGUCUCUCACCACGAGGUGGAGACCUUCAGCAGAAAGAUAAGAGUAGUCUGAUAGAGGUGUUGGGGCGCUCGGAUCGGUUUAUGGUUACCCAGCAGAUGGUGAAGGAGAUGGUCAAGGCAAUCAAGAAUGGUGUUGAUCCAUUGCCUGUGCACAGUGGGCUUGGAGGUGCUUACUAUUUCAGGAAUGUUAGAGGUGAGAGUGUUGCUAUUGUGAAGCCCACUGAUGAGGAGCCCUUUGCGCCAAACAACCCAAAAGGUUUUGUGGGCCGGGCUCUUGGGCAGCCUGGUCUGAAGCGGUCUGUUCGGGUCGGGGAGACAGGUGUCAGGGAAGUUGCAGCGUAUCUUCUUGAUCACCAGCAUUUUGCAGGUGUACCUGCCACCGCUUUGGUGAAGAUCACUCACAAUAUUUUCAAUGUCAAUGAUGGGGUGAAUAAUAACAAAUCUCACAAGAAAAAGCUGGUCAGUAAGAUCGCAUCUUGUCAACAAUUCAUUCAACAUGAUUUUGAUGCCAGUGACCAUGGAACGUCGAGCUUUCCUGUCUCCGCUGUGCAUAGAAUUGGGAUACUGGACAUUAGGAUUUUUAACACCGACAGGCAUGGUGGAAACCUUCUUGUAAGGAAGCUUGACGGUGUGGGGAGAUUUGGUCAAGUUGAGCUUAUUCCCAUUGACCAUGGUCUUUGCUUGCCUGAAAGUCUGGAGGACCCGUACUUUGAAUGGAUUCAUUGGCCUCAGGCUUCGAUCCCGUUUUCUGAGGACGAGCUUGCUUACAUUGAGAGCCUUGAUCCAGAAAGGGAUUGUGAGAUGCUUCGCUCUGAGCUUCCAAUGAUUCGUGAGGCCUGCCUUCGUAUUUUGGUGCUCUGCACCAUUUUCCUCAAGGAAGCUGCAGCCUUUGGUCUGUGUCUCGCUGAGAUUGGUGAGAUGAUGAGCAGGGAAUUUCGUAGUGGAGAGGAGGAGCCUAGUGAACUUGAGCUUUUGUGCAUGGAAGCGAGGAGGCUGGUGGAAGAGAGGGAGUCAUUUGUGCCAAAGUCUGAAGCUGGGGAAGAUGAUUUUUUAUUCGACCUCGAUUGUGAGGAUCCUGAGUGGGACUAUACUCCAAAGAUGGGUGGAGAGGAUUAUUUCUGCCGAUCAUCUGUAUUUGGUGUGGGUGGCAAAAACCCUCUGUCAAAGUUGGAGGAAAGUCUCGAGGAGGAAGAUGAAAGUGAAGAUGGUGACAUGGAGGGCGAGGGUAAGGGUUUCGGUGUGCUUCCUGUUCCUGAAAAGUUUCCAUCUAUGUCAAAGAUUUCAAUGUCCCUUAAGAAUACCAGUUUAGGAGAAAAGAGUCAGAAAUAUGCUGGGAUGAAAUCUGAAAAUGGUUUCUCAUCCUCUGGACAUAGAAGUGCAAAUGAGCAGCUCUUUGCGAGUGCAAGCUUUGUGAAGGUGGCCAACAUCAACGAGGAAGAGUGGACACUUUUUCUUGAGAAGUUCCAUGAGCUGCUGCGCCCAGCAUUUGCUCAGCAGAAGUCUGUGACUCUUGGGCAGAGGCAGAGACAGAGGCUCGGGACUUCGUGCCAGUUUUGAGAUAGAGAUACACUUCCAGGUUUACAAGAGGGUUUAGCCAGUUGAGAUAAUAAGAAUUUGUAGGCUUUGCACUUGUGAAGGAGGAUCGGUAGGAUAUAUUAGGUCCCAGGAAUUAGUGUUUGAGUUUGUUUGUUGGCUUUGGGAGAGCAACAGCAGUUUGGAAGUGCUGUAAAUAUUCUUUGGAAAAGGCAGCACAGCUUCAGUGAAGUAUAGCUGUCUUAGUAGAAUUUGUUUGUAUUUUUUUGUUCACUUCUUUAGAAAGCUUGAAGCUUGAAGCUUUUGGUUUUUAGAUUUUUCUUUGACUCUUUUAUGGGCUUGUUUGAUAAAUAAUUUUGUAGAAAGUUAGAAGUCCUUAUAAAAAAAAGAAAAUAGAUAUUAAUGUAAAUACUGAGUUCUGAAACUCUUUUUUCUUGUUAA